AUGCAGAAGUCAGAGACUCAGGGAAACCAACCUCCCCUAGGAUACCCAACUGAGAAUCCCCCAGCCAAAAGAAAGUUGUUCUCUGCCUCCAAGAAGAAAGGAGAGAGGGGCUUCAUAGAGGGAUGCUAUGAUGAGUUGGAAUUGGAUCAGAUCAGCACAAUCUAUCAGAAAGCCUCUUUGCUCUGUGUUGCUGCUGGCUUUGUGAAGAAUGCUGCUGAAUUACGGUUCUGGCAAGAGUUAAAUUAA